AUGUCGUGGCUCUUCGGCAUCCACAAGGGCCCCAAGGGCGAGGGCGCGGGGCCGGCGCUGCCCUUGCCGCCCGCGCAGCCCGGCGGCGAGGGUGGCGGGGACCGCGGCGCUGGGGACCGCCCGGCGCCCAAGGACAAAUGGAGCAACUUCGACCCGACGGGCCUGGAGCGCGCGGCCAAGGCGGCGCGCGAGCUGGAGCAUUCGCGCCACGCCAAGGAGGCGCUGAGUUUGGCACAGAUGCAGGAGCAGACGCUGCAGCUGGAGCAGCAGUCCAAGCUGAAGGAGUACGAAGCAGCCGUGGAGCAGCUGAAGAGUGAGCAGAUCCGCGUGCAAGCUGAGGAGCGGAGGAAGACGCUGAGCGAAGAGACGCGCCAGCACCAGGCCAGGGCCCAGUACCAGGACAAGUUGGCCCGGCAGCGCUAUGAGGACCAGCUGAGGCAGCAGCAACUCCUCAACGAGGAGAACUUGCGGAAGCAGGAGGAGUCCGUGCAGAAGCAAGAGGCCAUACGCCGAGCCACGGUGGAGCGGGAGAUGGAGCUGAGGCACAAGAACGAGAUGCUGCGGGUGGAGGCCGAGGCGAGGGCCCGGGCCAAGGCCGACCGGGAGAACGCAGACAUCAUCCGCGAGCAGAUCCGCCUGAAGGCCGCUGAGCACCGGCAGACCAUCCUGGAGUCCAUCAGGACGGCAGGCACCCUGUUUGGUGAGGGCUUCCGUACCUUUGUGACCGACUGGGACAAAGUGACAGCCACGGUGGCUGGGUUGACGUUACUGGCAAUUGGGGUCUACUCAGCCAAGAACGCCACCGCCGUAGCUGCCCGGUAUGUAGAGGCCCGGCUGGGGAAGCCCUCCCUGGUGAGGGAGACUUCCCGCAUCUCCUUGCUGGAGGCGCUGAAGCACCCUGUGCAGGUCAGCAGGCGACUGCUCAGCAAGCCCCAGGAUGCAUUAGAAGGCGUCGUCCUCAGCCCCAAGCUGGAGGAGCGGGUGCGGGACAUUGCCAUAGCCACCAGGAACACGAAGAAGAACGGCAGCUUGUACAGGAACGUGCUGAUGUACGGGCCCCCGGGCACCGGCAAGACGCUGUUUGCCAAGAAAUUGGCCCUGCACUCGGGCAUGGACUACGCCAUCAUGACAGGCGGCGACGUGGCGCCCAUGGGCCGGGAGGGCGUGACUGCCAUGCACAAGGUCUUUGACUGGGCCAGCACCAGCCGGCGAGGGUAAGCUGUCGCUUCUGACCCCCUGACUCCUAGGCACAAGGUGCGGGUCACUGAUAAGAUCAGCGAGGACCUGAGGGCCACCCUGAACGCGUUCCUGCACAGGACUGGGCAGCACAGCAGCAAGUUCAUGCUGGUCCUGGCCAGCAACCAGCCCGAGCAGUUCGACUGGGCCAUCAACGACCGCAUCGACGAGAUGGUGAACUUUGCCCUGCCCCAGCGGGCGGAGCGCGAGCGCCUGGUGAGGCUGUACUUCGACAAGCACGUGCUCAAGCCGGCCACCGAGGGCAAGCAGCGGCUGAAGCUGGCCCAGUUUGACUACGGGAAGAAGUGCUCGGAGAUCGCUCAGCUGACAGAGGGCAUGUCUGGCCGGGAGAUCGCCCAGCUCGCCGUGGCCUGGCAGGUGAGGGGGGCCGGCCGGUUUGAUGAGGUGGGCUGCUGGCCCGGAGCCCCCCACAGUUGAGCAUGGGGGUCUUAGGGAAAGGUUUCUGUCCUGGCUUAGGCAAGGAUGUCUACCUGGCAGCUGCACGUAGACACAGACAGAAGUCCACCAGGGGCACCUGGGGACAGCUGUUGACAUUCAACCUUCACAGGUCCUGCCAUAUCCAGUGGGGCUGUUGGGGAAGCAGGGGGUUCUCAGCAGCACGGUUAUAGUGGCCUCACAUCAGACGUCCCAGGGCAGGCGGGGUGGGGGACUCAGGACACAACU